AUGUCAUCCACGAAAAUCAUCACCCACCCGCUCGUCCUCGCGUCCCUCAUUUUCAACACAAUACACAUCGUCGCGGCUCAGAGCACGAGCACCAGGAGACGUGGAAGUCGUCUCGCACGUGGAGCUAUUGCGGGUAUAGUCGUCGCAAUCGUCGUAGCACUCCUACUCCUACUCCUCUGCUGCUGUCUCUUCACCCGCCGCCGUAGAGGUCUCAAUGCAGGCGGACCAGGAGCAGGUCCAGUCGGCAGUGCUCCCGCGAUGGCGGGAGGUCCCGGCGUUGCGGGAAGCGCAGGGCCCGGAUAUUAUGGAAAGACUGAGGGAGUGGGUGCUGCGCCUGCUGGUGGAUAUGCGCAGAGGCCAGGGAUCUUGGGGAGGUUGUUUGGUGGUGGAGGUGCUGGGAGAGGUGCUGGGACGACGGGGACGGGGACGACUACAGGAGGAGGGUAUGCUGUUUGAGCGAUGGAAUCGUUCCCAUGCCCACACGACCUUUUUGUCUUUAUCGGUUCAUUCUGGACAUUCAUCCAUGAUUCCAUUCACGCCUUCACUUCUGCCCUGAGCCGUUUCUUCGCAUACGAUAUCCAAGUGCAUCCCUCUUUUCUGUAUCUUUGCAAUCCUUCAAGUUACGCUGUGUCCGUGAGGCUUCGUGAUGCCUACGCAGUGAAGUGGCGCGCCACAUACAUGGACCCAGAGCGGAGUUGGAAUUCUAGCCACAUCGAUUUCCGUGUCCGAAAGUCCAUUCUCUCCGAAGUCUCUGGAUUCUUUAAGGAUAUGUUCUCUCUGUUGCAGCCCGAAUGCAUAUCUUCCUCCACCUCUGGCAACGAUAACGUGGAUGGACUCUCCGUGGUCCCAGUCGCAGAAGACAAGAAGUCUCUAUAUCUCUUCCUGAGGCUUUGUCACCCAAACGAAGACCAUUCCCUCUCCGAUCUUGCCGAAGUCCGCCUCGCGCUCAAAAUUCUUCGUAAAUACGACGUGCGACGUACCCCGGACUCGGUCUCCCUCACGCUGAUGUUCAACCUCGAAAAAUACCCUCUCAAAGUCUGUGCGAUAGCCUGUGCCUACGAUCUGGCCGCCAUUGCCAACGCAGCAACGAAAGCCUCUCUGAAGUUCCCCAUCCUAGCCGACAGUAUUCCCCGUGGUGACCUCAAACUAAUGACCGCAUCCCAACACAAUGCCAUACUGCGGUAUCAUACUCGAGCAGGAACUGCCGCUUCCAACAUCGUGACCUCCUUCCAGUGGUUCGAAUCUCCCGAAGAAAUCGGACUGCCUUGCUAUGCCAAUGAACGCGACUGUAAAUGCCGUACCACAUGGAUUGAGACGGGCCUGUGGAGCAGUCCUGUUCUGAACUGGGCCAUUCGCUAUCAGAAGGACUUGGCGAGGGCAUUGAUGGUCACGCCGGAUUGGGGUACGGUGGUUAGGGAUGGGAGUGCAUUGACGAAUGUGAUGGUUAGUGUGGCGGACUCGGGGUGUGUGCACUGUAGGGGUUUAUUGGAGGAUAUGCCGACUUUUACGGAGGCGUUGGCGAAGGAAGUGGACAAGGCUAUUGCGGCGGUUCCACUUCCCUUUGCGGCGGUUGUGACACAUGGACGGGGGAAUGACGAUAGAGUUCGAGUCUUCUGGUCCACAUCGUUUGACGAUGAUAUAGUCAGUCUCCUGAUUGUCGAGAACGCUAGCAAAACGGACCAACGACUUCGAGAAGGAUCAAGAUUGAAUCAAGAGCUGGAAAAAUCACCAGCUCCGUACUACGACUAA